AUGCCGUCACUUGCCCGGGGGACGGGUGGGCCGGGCCUGGGGCCGGGUGGUCCAGGUCGGGCCGGGCAAUGGGUCCGUCACUUGGGUCCACGAGACGGGCGGGCCGGGCCUGCCGUGGGUCUCGGGCGGGCGGGCAAUGUCCAGUCACUUGCCAUUGGGACAAGUGGCCGAGCCUGGCCGGGUGGGUCCCCCCCCCCGGUGGUGGGCGGGUCGAUGUCCGUCACUUCGGGCCAUGGGACCCGGCGGCCGGGUUGCCGUAGGGUCAAGGUUCGGGCGGGUGAUGUCCGUCACUUGCCAGGGGAGGCGGGCCGGGCCUGGACGGGGUUGGGUUCCCGGUGUGGGUGGGCCCGGAUGUCAGGCACUUGCCACGGGGGACGGGCGGAUGGACUGCCGUCGGGACUUCGGGGGCCGAUGUCCGGGUCCUUAACCACGGGACGGGGGCCGGGCCUGCAGUGGGUCCCAGGGCAGGCGGGCGAUGUCCGUCACUUGCCACGGGACGGGGGGGCCUGGCCUGCCGUGGGUCCCGGUGUGGGCGGGCGAUGUCCGUUACUUGCCACGGGACGGGCGGGCCGGGCCUGCUGUGGGUCCCGGGGCUGGCGAAUCGAUGUCCGUCACUUGCCACGGGACGGGCGGGCCGUGCCUGCCGUGGGUCCCGGUGAGGGCGGGCGAUGUCCGUCACUUGCCAUGGGACGGGCGGGCCGGGCCUGCCGUGUGUCCUUGGGCGGGCGGGCGAUGUCCGUCACUUGCCACGGGACGGGCGGGCCGGGCCUGCCGUGGGUCCCCGGGUGGGUGGGCGAUAUCCGUCACUUGCCACAGGACGGCCGGGCCGGGCCUGCAGUGGGUCCUGGUUUUGGGCGGGCCGUGUCCGUCACUUGCCACGGAAGGUUGGGCCGGGCCUGCCGUGGUCCCGGUGUGGCGGGCGAUGUCCGUCACUUUGCCACGGGACGGGCGGGCCGGGCCUGCCGUGGGUACCGGUGGGGGCGGGUGAUGUCUGUCACUUGCCACGGACGGGCGGGCCGGGUCUGCCCGUGGGUCCCCGGGGGGGGGGGCGCGGGGGGAUGUCCCCUUCACUUGCCAUGGGACGGGCGGGCCGGGCCUGCCGUGGGUCCCGGGGCGGGCGGGCGAUGUCCGUCACUUGCCAUGGGACGGGCAAGCCGGGCCUGCCGUGGGUCCCUGGUCGGGGGGGGGGGCGAUGUCCCGUCACUUGCCAUGGGACGGGCGGUCCGGGUCUGCCGUGGGUCCCGGGCGGGCGGGCGCUGUCCGUCACUUGCCAUAGGACAGGCAAGCCGGGCUUGCCGUGGGUCCCGGUCUGGGCGGGGUGAUGUCCGUCACUUUUGCCCACGGGACGGGUGGGCCGGGCCUGCUGUGGGUCCUGGGGCGGGCGGGCGAUUGUCGUUCACUUGGCCAUGGGACGGGGCGGGCCGGGCCUUACCGUCGGGGGGGUUUCCGGGUUCCAGUUGUGGGCUGGGUGUGAUGGUCCUGUCACUUGCCACGGGACGGGCGGGUGCCGGGCCUGCCGUGGGUCCCGGUCCCGGUGGGCGGGCGGGCGAUGUUCCGUCACUUGCCACAGAAUGGGCCGGGCCCCCCCCGGGCCUGCCGUGGGUCCCACGGUGUGGGCGGUGA